AUGGAAAGAACAAGUUCUGUCGCAACAAUCUACGAUCACGAGAAAGAUAUGCAGUUGAGCAUUCAGCUGAAUCGUUGGAUACUGAAGCCGAUCGGUGUCUGGCCGAAAUUAACCGAGAUUUCACGUAUGGAGAGAUACGCGUACGGACUGAUGAAUGUCAUUUGCACUAGUCUAAUAGGCUUCCUCUUUGUACCCUCCGCGAUCUUUAUGUUGCUUGAAAUGGAUGAUGUAUAUCUCAUUUUAAAACUUUCCGGUCCGUUGAGUUUUUGCCUAAUGGCCGUUAUUAAAUACUCCUCGCUAAUUUUCCGCGAGAAUGACAUCCGCAGUGGUAUCAGGCACAUCGAAAGCGACUGGAUAAACACUCGGCAUUCUAAUGAUCGGAUCAUCAUGAUCAGGAACGCCAAGUUCGGUCGGCGUCUCGUGUCGAUCUGCGCAUUCUUCAUGUAUGGUGGUGCCGUGUUUUAUUAUCUUGCUCUGCCUUUUAGUAAAGGCAAGAUUACCGAGAGUGAUGCAAACUUGACGUAUCGGCCACUGGUGUAUCCAGUCGCCAGUGUGAUUCUCGACGCGCGACAUAGUCCCAUCAGUGAGAUUCUCUUUUGGAUUCAGUGCCUGUCGGGUUUCAUAGCACACUCCAUUACUGCCGGUGCAUGCAGUUUAGUAGCCGUGUUUGCGAUGCAUGCCUAUGGCCGUCUGGAAGUCUUAAUACAAUGGAUUGAACAUCUAGUGGACGGUCGGGAAGAUUUCUGCGAUAACGUGGAUGAGAGAUUGGCAAUGAUUGUACAGCAGCACGUUCGAAUCUUACAUUUUAUAUCGCUAACGGACAAAGUAUUACGUGAAAUAUCUAUCGUGGAAAUUGUAGGGUGUACAUUAAAUAUGUGUUUUCUUGGAUAUUAUUCUCUUACGGAAUGGGAGACAAAAGAGACUGCAAGUUACAUAACAUACAUUGUCCUGCUUAUAUCUCUUACGUUCAAUAUUUUUAUAUUUUGUUAUAUCGGUGAACUUGUUGCCGAAAAGUGCAAGAAAAUAGGUGAAGUAUCAUAUAUGAUCGAUUGGCAUCGUCUAUCAGAAAGAAAGGGUGUUGCCCUCGUAUUGAUAAUCGCUAUGUCCAAUUCAUCGAUUAAACUUACCGCUGGAAAUCUCUUCGAAUUGUCUCUCAGUACUUUUGGUGAUGUGGUUAAGACAUCUGUUGCUUAUUUAAACAUGCUGCGUACUUUAACUGCAUAA